GCCGCGGGGCCAUGCUGCGCUGGCUGCGUGGCUUCGUGCUGCCCACCGCAGCCUGCCAGAGUGACUAUGACCGCUUAGCCUAUGAGAUCCUCUUCGAAGACCUGGACCGCAAUGGGGACGGUGUGGUGGACAUCGGGGAGCUCAGGGAUGGGCUGAGAAACUGGAAUUCCUCGUUUGGUAACGACUCCGAGAAGACAAUUCUUCAUGCUGCAGAUGCCAAUGCUGAUGCAGGACUGGAUUUUGAAGAAUUUGUGCAGUACCUUCAAGACCAUGAGAAGAAAAUGAAACUGGCAUUUAAGAGUCUGGACAAAAAUAAUGAUGGAAUGAUAGAUGCUUCAGAAAUAAUUGCUGCCGUGAAAUCAUUGGGAAUCCACAUUUCUCUUUCUCAGGCAAACGACAUCCUGAAAAGCAUGGAUAGCGACGGGUCAAUGACAGUAGACUGGGAUGAAUGGAGAGACUACUUCUUCCUCCACCCUGCAAAAAAUAUCAGUGAAAUUCUUCGUUUCUGGAAGCAUUCCACUAUAAUUGAUAUAGGAGAGAGUAUAUCUAUUCCAGAUGAAUUUACAGAACAAGAAAAGAAGUCUGGGCAAUGGUGGAAACGGUUAGUAACAGCGGGAAUAGCGAGUGCGAUCGCACGGACAUGCACGGCACCUCUGGACCGCUUGAAAGUCAUGAUGCAGGUUCGUAGAUCAAAAACAAGUAAAAUGGGAUUGGUUAAUGAGUUCAAGCAGAUGGUAAAAGAAGGAGGAUUUUUUUCUCUUUGGCGAGGAAAUGGUGUGAAUGUUUUUAAAAUUGCACCAGAGACAGUACUCAAGAUCGGGGCCUAUGAACAGUAUAAGAAAUUUCUUAGUUUUGAUGAUGCUAAUUUAGGAGUUCUUCAACGAUUUAUAGCUGGUUCCAUGGCUGGUGCAACUUCCCAAACCUGUAUCUAUCCCAUGGAGGUGAUAAAGACCAGGCUGAUUUUAGGUAAAACAGGGGAGUAUUCUGGGAUUCUUGACUGUGGCAGGAAGCUUCUGAAGACAGAGGGCAUUCAGGCCUUCUGCAAAGGCUAUGUUCCCAACCUGAUUGGCAUCGUUCCAUAUGCAGGCUUAGAUCUCGCCAUCUUUGAGCUCCUGAAGAAUUACUGGCUGGAACACUACUCAGUCAACUCCGUGAACCCUGGGAUAGCAAUCGUGCUGGGCUUCAGCACACUGUCACACACUUGUGGCCAAUUAGCCAGUUUCCCCCUGAACCUUGUUAGAACUCGAAUGCAGGCAGCUAUCCUGGAAAAGGAAACCAUACCUAUGUUGCAGCUCAUUAAAGAAAUAUACAUUAAAGAAGGAAAGAAGGGAUUUUUCAGGGGUCUCACCCCUAAUAUCAUGAAGCUGCUUCCAGCAGUGGGCAUUGGCUCUGUGGCUCAUGAAUUACUGAAACUGCUUUUUGGAUUAACCUAGAGGUGCAAUAUCAGUCUGCCGAACUGCCAUAAUCACUAAGGUGUAAAACAACCCUGGGCUGUAAGAUGAUCUUCCUUUUUCCUAAAAGGAAAGAAAUAUCAACUACUUGUAAAAUUACUUUUUCUUUAUUUAUUAUAAAAUAUACAAAUUAAACUAUAUACAA